CCGCUCAGCGAGCUCUCCUGGUCGUCCUCCCUGGCUGUGGUGGCAGUGUCCUUCUCCGGGCUCUUCACUGUCAUCGCCCUCAUGCUGGCCUGUCUGUGUUGUAAGAAGGGUGGCAUCGGGUUCAAGGAGUUUGAGAAUGCCGAGGGGGACGAGUACGCCGCUGGCUUCUCGGCACAGGGCUCCCCUGCGACAGGGGCUCAGAACGGGCCAGACGUGUAUGUCCUGCCGCUCACCGAGGUCUCCCUGCCCAUGGCCAAGCAGCCGGGGCGCUCAGUGCAGCUCCUCAGGUCCACAGACCUGGGCCGGCACAGCCUCUUGUACCUGGAGGAGGUGGGCCACGGCUGGUUCGGGAAGGUGUUCCUGGGGGAGGUGAACUCGGGCAUCAGUAGCACGCAGGUGGUGGUGAAGGAGCUGAAGGCCAGUGCCAGUGUGCAGGAGCAGGUGCAGUUCCUGGAGGAGGCUCAGCCCUACAGGGCCCUGCAGCACAGCAACCUGCUUCAGUGCCUGGCGCAGUGCGCGGAGGCGACGCCCCACCUGCUGGUGAUGGAGUUCUGCCCCAUGGGGGACCUCAAGGGCUACCUGCGAAGCUGCCGGGUGGCAGAGUCCAUGGCGCCUGACCCCCUCACCCUGCAGCGCAUGGCCUGCGAGCUGGCCUGUGGGGUCCUGCACCUGCACCGUCACAACUACGUGCACAGCGACCUGGCCCUGAGGAACUGCCUGCUCGCGGCCGACCUGACAGUGAAAAUCGGCGACUACGGCCUGUCCCAUGGCAAAUACAGGGAGGACUACUUCGUGACCGCCGACCAGCUGUGGGUGCCGCUGCGCUGGAUCGCACCCGAGCUGGUGGAUGAAGUGCACUGCAACCUGCUGGUGGUGGACCAGACCAAGGCCAGCAACGUGUGGUCCCUGGGCGUGAGCAUUUGGGAGCUCUUUGAGCUGGGCGCGCAGCCCUAUCCGCACCACUCCGACCGGCAGGUGCUGGCCUACGCCGUCCGGGAGCAGCAGCUCAAGCUCCCCAAGCCCCAGCUGCAGCUGGCUCUGUCUGACCGCUGGUACGAGGUGAUGCAGUUCUGUUGGCUGCAGCCUGAGCAGCGGCCCACGGCUGAGGAGGUGCACCUGCUCCUGUCCUACCUCUGCGCCAAGGGCACCACUGAGGCGGAGGACGAGUUCGAGCGGCGCUGGCGCUCCCUGCGGCCGGGUGGGGGUGGUGCGGGCCCCCGGCUGGCAGGCCUGGCUCUGGGGGGCGCGGGGGAGCUUGCGGCCGCCUCGUCCUUCCCGUUGCUGGAGCAGUUCGCGGGCGACGGCUUCCAUGCGGACGGGGAUGACGUGCUCACGGUGACAGAGACGAGCCGCGGCCUCAACUUCGAGUACAAGUGGGAAGCGGGCCGCGGGGCCGAGGCCUUCCCGCCGCCAGGGGGCGCAGUGAGCCCCAGCCGCGCCGCGCGCCCGCAGGAGCUCUGUGCCCCCGAAGGCGCGCCCCCGGGCGUGGUGCCCGUGCUCAGCGCGCACAGCCCCUCGGUGGGUAGCGAGUAUUUCAUCCGGCUGGAGGAGCCCACACCCGCCGCUGGCCAUGAUCCUGACUGCGCCGGCUGCACCCCCGGCCCCCACGCCAUGGACCUGCUCCCCAGUGGCACUGACCAGGACAAUGACUCCGAGGGCAGCGCGGAUGCCUCAUUGGCCAUGGAGCCGCUGCUGGGCCAUGUGCCGCCCCCUGGGGGGCCCUGGGGCCACUGUGACUACUACCUGCGCGGGAGCCAUGCCCGGGACCUGCCCUGCACCCUGAGCUCGCCCUCACUGGGGACCCUCAUGCUGGCGGAGCCCAGGGAGGAGGAUGGCGACUGGGGCUCAGCUGCCUUCUGCCCACCCUUCUUGGAGGACCCGCUGGGCACGUCCCCUUCGGGGAGCUCUGGGGCCCAGCUGUCCCCGGGUGGGGAGGAGAUGGGGGAGGCCGAGGCAUGCAGGGCUGCCCAGCACAGACACUGGAGUUCCAACAUGUCCGCUAACAACAACAGUAGCAGCCGGGCACCAGGUUCCUGGGACCCGGGAUAUGUGGGUGGCUGCAUGGGCUGCUGCCCCAGCACAGAACUCACCCUACAGGCUGUCCCUGAGCUGGGCUGUCCCCUGACCCUGGAGGACACCAGAGAGCCUCUCCUUGGGCCACAGGGGGCCUCCUCAGGCCAGGAGCUCGGCCAUUGCCUUGGCCUCUCUUAUCUGUGUCCUGCUGGGGGCCUGGCACCUGCCACUUGCCUGGUGCCAUCCUCCCGGACACAGGCGGCUGUAAGCCGGGGUGACAGCCCCCAGAGAGAGCCCAGGCUUGCUGAGGAGGCGGAGGGCCCUGCCAGACCUCCACGACCCUUCCCCUCUAUCCCAGCCCCAUCCCCAGAGGGAGCCCUGCUUCCUGCCGAGGAGGCCAGUGCCCUCGCCACCCCGCCUGCCUUGCCCAUGCCUGCGGGUGGCUGGGAGGCUGCCCCCGAGGUAGCCCAGGGCCUGGACAGCUGCACUGGUUCCCCUGAGCUGGAAGAGCCAGUCAGUGAGGAUGGGGACAUGACAGAGGCCACUUCCGGCGUCUUCACGGAUUUGUCCAGUGAUGGCCCGCCAGCGGAGAAGCCGGACGUGACACUGGCCUUCCGCUCCCUGCAGAAGCAGGUGGGGACUCCCGACUCCGUGGACUCCCUGGAUAUCCCAUCUUCCGCCAGCGAUGGUGGCGGCUGUGAGGUCUUCAGCCCGUCAGUUACUGGCACUCCUGGCGGGCAGCCCCGAGCCCUGGACAGUGGCUAUGACACGGAGAACUACGAGUCCCCUGAGUUUGUGCUCAAGGAAGCACAUGAACCCUGUGAGCCCGAGGCCUUUGGGGAGCUGGUCUCCGAGGGUGAGAGCCCCGGGCCCGAGACUCAGCUCUCCACCUCCCUUGGAAGCCUUGGCGAGAAGAACCCCUACCGUGACUCAGCCUACUUUUCGGACCUUGAUACAGAGCCUGAGUCCACCUCAGGCCCCCAGGAGAAGGGAGGAUGUGCCUUGGCCCGCAGGCUAGAGCUGGACCUGGAGAGCCCUGGGCUGCAGUCUGCACAGCCCUCCCCUGCGUCUGGGGUCCCCGGGGGGGCACAGGGCACUGGCCCCAGGGAGGUGCCACCACUGCUCUUGCGGCCGCCAGAGGACUCUUCUCCAGAGCCCAGCAGCACGUGCCCGGAGAGCCCCAGACUGGAGCCUCCCUGGCCCCAAGGCCCUGCGCAAGGGCCUCCAGGUCCCAGCCCCGAGCGCUCCAAGGUUUUCCUGCUGACCCCAGUCCCACUGAGCUCAGAGAGCCACCGCCCGGGCCUCCAGGAGGCCCCAGGACUGCUUUCCGGGCCCACCCAGCAGGAACAGAUGGGGGGCCCCGGUGCCCCCAGAACCCCACUCUGCCUGGCCUUGCCAGGGCUGCCCACAGCCGCAGAGGGCCGGUCGGAGGAGGAGGAGGGGGACAGCGAAGACAGCGACGAGUCGGAUGAGGAGCUGCGCUGCUACAGCAUCCAGGAGCCCAGCGAGGAGAGCGAGGAGGAGGCGCCUCCCGUGCCCGUGGUGGUGGCUGAGAGCCAGAGUGCGCGCAACCUGCGCAGCCUGCUCAAGAUGCCCAGCCUGUUGUCCGAGGCCUUCUGCGAGGACCUGGAGCGCAAGAAGAAAGCUGUGUCCUUCUUCGACGACGUCACCGUCUACCUCUUCGACCAGGAAAGCCCCACCCGGGAACUCGGGGAGCCCUUCCCCGGCGCCAAGGAGUCGCCCCCCGCCUUCCUGGCGGGCGGUCCCCGCACCCCCGGUGCCCCGGGCCGGCCGCGCCGGGCGGACCGCUCCUCCGACGGCUCCGCGGCCUCCGUGGCUGAAGAGGGCCGAGGGCUCGCGUGGGACGACGGCUUUCCGCCGACGCCGGCCCCGGAGACCGAGCUGCCCGCCCCCGCCGCGCCCCCCAAGCCGGCCGCGCCCGGCCCCUUCUCGCGCUUCACCGUGUCGCCUGCGCCCGCCUCCCGCUUCUCCAUUACCCACGUCUCGGACUCGGACGCCGGGUCCGUGGGAGAUCCCAUGGCGCUUGCCUGGAGGGCACAGGUGGUGCUGGCUGAGGCGCCCGGCUCACACCUCCCUCCCUGCUCCUUUCCCCCGUGA